AUGACCACGAACCCGUUACCAGUCGCGCUCUUCGACAGUCUCCUCCCCAAGCUGAUCACGGUCCUCGAGCUCAUACAAGGGCCGGAUGGGACCGUAACUCCGCAGGCUAGACAGGCCGUGCUCAAUGCUACAAACGAGUUCAAAAGCGCGUUGAACCAGGCAAAGGAGCUUGCAACUAACCUGCCCGGUGGUAACCUGCGGACUGAGGAGCAGGUCGAGGUCAUUGCGAUGCUUACUGAGUUGCGGGAUCGGAAACGGCGGCAGCUGGCUGAGUUUGCGACGCGGUCAGAGCCGAUGAAGGUCGUUGCUGACACGGACAUGGAAGUAGAUUCGGAAGCAUCGACGCCGUUUGUAGAAGAGGCAUAA